GGGCGCCGUUCGUCCCGGGUGUGUGCUUCUGACAGACUGACCCUGAUUCUCGGAAACUUAAGUUGCCAUGUCACUGGUGCGUUAUCCGGUCGCUUCAACACCAGGAGAUGGACUUGUUUCCCACGGCCGCGUCGUUUCCUCUCCCCUCAUCUGGCAGGCUCUGUUAUCGACCACCUCGUCGAUUCUGUCGGCGUCAGAGACCAUUGAGGUUCUUUUGCCUUCGUUACCCACAUGGAACGCAGACACUUUCAGUGAUAACACCGUACCAGACCUGUUCUCACUGACUGAUAUCAUUGUUAGAUGAUAUUGGUCUUUCUUCGUCAAACGCUCCGUGAUGCGCUCGUUUCGAAUGAAGGGGACUCAAUACAGUCGGACGACAACCGAUGAUUCUGAAGCAGUAGCCACUGUUGGGGACCUAAUAAUGGCUAGAUUUUGGCGGUGGGAAUAGAUGCGGAGACUUAUACAAAAGCUUGAGCAGGAGCAGGCAUAUGAUCUUGGUGCUCGCUCAAAUUUCUGCCCGCAUGUCGACAACCGACUCCGAAAGUCAGCUUGACGUUGGACAGGUGAUAAUACGCCCCAUCGUGACGGUUACGGUUAUGUGUAUUGUAUAUGGUUUUUAUAUCGCACUCUUUUCUCAUUGCAUGCAGCUACUGCGCCAUGGUGGAUUGUCACGUCGAUCCCGCUAUCUCUGGUCGACAGUUACUCUUUUCGUGGCAUCAACGGGCAUGGUGGCUGUAGAGAUCACGAAAGUUCUUCAUGAUUCUGUUGUGGAAUUCACGUCCGCAAAGACUCAGGAUCUCCAGCCUUUUUACAAUCUUCUAAAACACGACGCAGUCAGAAGAGUUAUAUACGCAUUCGCUUAUACCCUGCCUAUCAUUGCAAAUGUAGCUGCAGAUUUCAUUCUUAUUCAUAGAUGCUACACUGUUUGGGGGGCUAAAAAACGAAUCCUCAUACCGAUGAUUGUUACCUCGUUCGCUGUAACUAUGAUAUCUAGCACCGGACUAAUCAUGUCGAUCAUCGGUUUUAGGGAUACAACGAUUAAAUCUAACAUGGCCUUAUUUAACAAUGGUGGAAACAUUCAAGCCAUAGGUUGGAUUAUGAGUGCAAUCUUCAACUUCGCGUUGACCCUAUUAACCGGUGGGCGAAUAUGGUGGAUCACUCGAUGUGUUGGGCCGCCGAGGAAUUACCUUGUGACAACCAUGAACAAGAUAAUAUUUGAAUCUGGGGUACUUUAUCCCCUCGUAAUGAUCGUACAUUUGAGCAUCGAUAACGCAUUUCCUGAAAAUCAAGUUCCCAUUGACACCUAUCCUCUGAUUGUCUUAGCUGCUGGCAUCGCACCCACUUUAAUCAUCGUCCGCAUACGUCUGGGCAUUAGUACCCACGAUGGUGACACUAUGACUCAACCACCUCGAUCUAGUCAAUUCAUGACCUCAUUUCAACUGACCGAAAGGUCAUUGUACCUUUCACGUCCUUCUACCGUUACUCGUCCCCGCCCCGCGAUCGAGGUCAAUCAAGUCAAAACUCCUCCCAGAACACUUCAGGCAGUGCAAGAAGUAUGAAGUACUUCUCGAAUGAAUGCGCACGUCGCGCCAGCUUAUUUCUAUCGCCACCCGCUUUCAUUUCCUCGUCUUACGUUCACUUAAAUUACAGGACUAUUGGGUAUUCGAUAAUAAUAUCUUAGUUUUCGUACGACUCUAUUCCACUCAUUCAGCCGAAUUCUCCCCCUCACCUCCCACUAUUGCCAAGUUCUCAACUUGGACUGCAAUUAGAAUGUUGGUCUCGCAAACAGAAGCUACAGCCAACUUUCCCUAGAUGUUUAAUCCGAAUGUCGAUGUUCAGAAUUGCCAGCCACCACGAGGGUCUUGAAUCAUUUACGCUCAUAUUGAUUGGGAGGAUCGUAAACCUGAUUACAUUUGGAAUACCAGUGUUUUCCCUCCAUCAAGUCAAGUUCUCGACAAUCUGCAUACAAUUGUCCUGGUAGAAGUAUUCACGACCUUCAUCGUCCAGGUCAUAACGCCAACGUUCGAGCUUCAAGUGUGGGCAUCAAUGGGCACCGUUGGUCCGCCUGAUUUUUGGAAAAAUGGUACCCCGUCGCUGCUGCGAGAAUAAGUAUCAUAUGACAAAGGACCCGGACAUAUUCAGACUUCGUUAUCCUGUCGCUUCUGGCGACGCCAGAAGAAGAAUCGAUGAUGCAUCCCACGGCCAUCGUUUCUCUCCCCCCCCCUUAUCUGGUAAGACCUGUUAUCGACCAUCUCGUCUAUUCUGUGGAGUCGAGGUCAAAAAUCAUUGAGGUACAUUUGCAUUCGUUGUCCGCAUGGCACACACACAGACAUUCAGUGAACACCGUAACCGGACGCUGUUCUCAACUGAUGUCACUGUUGGAUGUUGUUCAUCGCUUCCGUCCAAUUCCAUUGCAACGCUCUGUGAUGGGCUCAUUUUGAGUGAAAGGGACUCAAUACGGUCGAUCUGUGACUGCCGGUGAUUCUGAAGCAGUAGCCGCUGUUGGGGACCUAAGAAUGGCUAGAGUUCGGCAGUGAGAAGAUGCGGG